CAAUUUUCCUUCAAGCCUCAACAGCUCAACUCAAUUCAAUUCAAUUCAAUACCAUCCAAAUUCAGAACGCCUUCAAUCUUACAUUCUCUCUCUCUACUCUCUCUCCUAGACAGCAAGAAGAUGAAGAUGAGCAGCAGCAACAUGGGAGGGUCAAAGAGGAAGAUAUCAAGCAAAGGACUAGGAGGACUCCUUAAAGAACAAAAGACUAGGCUCUACAUCAUCAGGCGAUGUGUGGUCAUGCUUCUUCGCUGUCACGAUUAAUCCGCUUCGUCAUCAAUAGUGGCUGCGAUGAAUGCGAUAUUUUGUUUUUAUUUAUUUAUUUGUUAGGAGUGUAAAUAGCAUCGACUGAUAUUAGUUAGAGAAUUAUAGACCCUGGAGAGUAACAAUUUUAGGUCCAAUUGGCCUUUUGGGCGAGUAACAUUUUUUUGUCCAAUUGACCUAUUGAGCUUCUUGGAAAUCAGAUAGCUUUGUAACAAUAUUAGUUUUUUCGUAUUGGUAUUGCGAUGCAUUUUUGGCUAUUGAA